AUGUCUGGUACAUUUCACAAACUUCCCGAUUUACCUAUACAAAAACUCGCAAUGGCGACAGCAACCAUGAAAGCGCUCAACUACCUCGGACCUUACCAAGUUCGUGUAGAAGAUGUCGAAAAGCCGAGAAUGGAGCACCCUGACGAUGUAAUUGUCAAGGUUACAACAGUUAGUAAUCCCACCCAGCCCGUCGUAUUGUCCCUGUGCUCUAUGUAUGAAGGGAGAACCGCUGCGGAGCCUGGGAUCACUUUCGGCCAUGAGAAUAUGGGGAUUGUGGAAGAGUUGGGUGACGGAGUGACACUGUUGAAAAAGGGGGAUCGCGUGGUGAUGCCAUUCAAUGUCGCAGACGGCCGGUGUCGCAACUGCGAAGAAGGCAGAACCGCCUUCUGCACUGGAGUCAAUCCUGGAUUUGCCGGGGGCGCUUACGGCCAAGCACAGUACAUCCGUGUUCCAUAUGCAGACUUCAAUGCGUUGAAACUUCCUCCAGGCAAGGAACAUGAAGCAGACUUUGUACUUCUCGCGGAUAUCUUUCCGACCGGCUGGCACGGCGUGGAGAUUUCUGGCUUCCAGUCGGGCGAAAGCAUUGCAGUCUUCGGCGCCGGUCCAGUUGGGCUGAUGGCUGCAUACUCCGCCGCAUUGCGCGGAGCGUCCAAUAUUUAUGUCGUCGACCGUGUCCCUGAGCGACUAGAGGCAGCCAAAAAUAUUGGAGCCAUCCCCAUCGACUUCACCAAGGGAGAUGCUGUCGACCAGAUCAUCGCCCACAAUGGAGGAAUGGUGGACCGAUCGGUAGAUGCCGUGGGAUAUCAGGCUGUUGACUCUAAUGGGUCUGCUGAAAAGGCAAACAUUGUGUUGGAAAACAUGAUUCGGGUAACACGGGCGUGUGGUGGAAUGGGAAUUCCAGGGCUCUAUGUUCCAAGUGACCCUGGUGCAGCUGAUGCCGCAACUGCAAAUGGGAUGAUAAGUCUUAGCUUUGGCAAGUUGUUUGAAAAGGGCCUCUCGCUUGGUACUGGACAGUGCAAUGUCAAGGCUUAUAAUCGGUACCUUCGUGAUAUGAUUAUUGCGGGCAAAGCCAAGCCCAGCUUUGUGAUCUCUCAUGAGAUUGCACUUGCAGAUGCCGAGACAGCAUAUGAGAAAUUUGACAAGAGAGAAGAUGGUUACACAAAGGUAAUCAUUCACCCGAAUGGUGGAUUCUGA